UAUAAUGAUUAGAAAACUCAAUUCCUCUUUAUUAAAAUAAUGUCAUAAAUCUAUUUUUAGAGUGUGAUUAAUGGCUCCAAAGGAACCGAACACUAUGGCUAGGAAAUUUAGAAAAUUCCAGUUUUUAAAUAUUUGGAAAUUUUCUCUCCAGACAUAGUCCUGUUGCCAUUCUAAUUUAAUGUUUUAAAGCAAAUAUGCAUGACGGAGUUACCCAAUUUGCUGUUUAGAACAAUGAAUAAGGAUGAAAAGGGGAAUAGUGUUUCUCUUCUUCCAGUUUUAAGUGUUCUAACACAGCUAAGGUUGUCUGAGCUUCAAUUCAAUUGCCACUGUGAGAACAGCAAACCAGACUCAACUAACAACUUUUGCUGUUCAAG